AUGCUCCGGCGACACUCCGGGACAGGGACGAAAGCAGCAAGUUUGAGAAGAAACAAUUCUUCAGCUGGUUUCUUUGCUUGGGUUGUUUGCCAUGCUGCAAGAGCUCGGUUUCAGAUCCCCCAGUUGAAAGUAGACCACACAACAGAGUGUGUUCUGAGGAACCUAAUAGCAUUUGAGCAGUGUCACUAUCCUGAAGAACCUUACAUCUUCAACUAUGUUUCUUUGAUUGACUCUUUUAUUCACUCCAAAGAUGAUGCAGAGUUGCUGGUUGAGAAAGAAAUUAUUGUCCAUGAACUGGGAAGUGAUCAAGAACUAGCAAAUCUGGUUAAUGAUCUUUGCAAACAUGUGACAAAUUCAACAUGCUACCACCAGAUCAUGGAAGAUGUUAAUGAACACUACAACAAUGAUUGGAAAUGGGCAAUGGGGACAUUGAGGUGGGUUUACUUCAGAGACCCUUGGAGAAGCAGUUCUACUAUAGUGGGGGUUGCUGUCCUAAUAUUCACUGCCUUCAACUUCUACCGUGUUACUGAUCUACUCUUUUAGUAAAUUGAGAAUUAUAUUGAUGGAAUCACCUUUUCUGUAUUACAUCAUCGUCCAUGAUUGCCCACUAACUGUUCCAUUUCCCAUUUUCUCGCAAAUAAGUGGCCUGUUUAUUAUCAAACAUAUGAAUUGAUAACAAAUAGCAGUUUCACAUCCUUAACUCUAGGAGAGGAGUUAAAAUUUUGUAAAAAGAAAAGUCCAUGGGCUGGCCCUAACCCAUAGGGCUUUGGGGUUUUUAGCCCUGUGGGCUUUUUUAGUGAAGGCUUUUUUUUGGCCCGAGCCCACAUGAGUUAGGGUCAAAUCUUAUUAAAGGAGCUCACUUGACAGCUCUAGAUGUGGCUUUGUAGUGCUCCUCGAAACUCAGGUCCCUUGCGCUUGGAUUUAUUUGAUAAUUCAAAAUUUUGGGCCUCUUUGGUUGGCUAUGUUUUUUAUUAUAAGGCCAGAGACCUAUUAUUUGUGUUUUUGUCUUGUGAACCUGAUUUUUUUUAUUAAAAUGUAUCCGUUGGAACUUUCAACAGUUGAGUUAAUUUUUUUAAUUGCCUGUGUAUCGAAAGAGACUUUGUUCGACAAAUCAGUGGAAGAAAUAGCCAAUGAUGACAACCAUUUGAGAUAUCUGAGUUAGGAUUGGUUUCCUUAUUUCAAUUUAAUGACUUUCUGCUUUUUGGUAACUCAAA